AUGGACUGGUUCUCAUGGCUGUCAAAAACAACCCUAGACCCAUCCUUAGUAUACGAAUACGGCCUAGCUUUUAGCCACAAUGAACUCGAAGAAGACGAUAUAGCCUACUUCAACCACGAAUUCCUUCAAAGCAUGGGGAUUUCCAUCGCCAAACACAGGCUAGAAAUCCUCAAACUGGCAAAGAAAGACCACAAAUUAGGCAUCAUCAUCAACAACAACAACAUUCCGCACGCCGUUUCGAGGCUAAUCGGAGCCAUCAGGAAAACCAAGAAGAAUUUCACCAAAUACAUCGGCAAAUGGGUCCACCGAGAAGAUUCCUCGUCGGCGCUGGCUCUUGUUCCGACCAAACGCGGGUACAGUACGAGUUCCAGGUGGAAGAACGCAAUGGUGAAGAGGAAUAAAAGGCUCAAUUUGGUGGGGGCGGCUAAUGGAAAUGGUGGAAAUAAACAGAGCAAUUUGAAUAACAGUUACAGUAGUAGGCUUUUGCUUACAAAUGGGAGCCCGAUGGUGAUGCCCAGUUCGAGAAUCGACAGCUUUUCGAGCCCAGUUGUGUAUGAUUCGUUUAAAGUGAUUGGGGAUGAGAAGAUGAUGAUGGAUGAUGGAGCAGCAGAGGAUCAUGAAGAAUAUUGGAGCCCUGCUUUUGAAGAGGUCAAGUGGGAUUCCAUGUUUCACAAUUUGAAGCCAACUUAGAGAAGAUGUAUGGGAAGACUCAGGACUGUGGAUGCAUUAAAUUAAAUUAACAUCUCCAUCGAACUUCAAAGCCUGCGAAUUUCAAGAAGGAAAAUAGGGUUAUUUAAUUAUCAAAUGGAUUGCUUGGAGCCGUGGAUCCUGCAUGGUUUGCCCCCUGCUCUUCCAUUCCUUCACAAUUAACGUCCUUUUGUAACGUGUCUUUCAUUAAAAUAAUAAUGGUAUAAUAAUAACUAGAUGUUAAACCCACGCGAUAUGCGGGGUUUAUACA